GCAGAUGGAAGCACGGAGAGCACCCGGAGCAGCCCCAGCUGCUUCCAGGCCGGAGGAAUGGAGGAAUGCCAUCCCUCCUGAGCCCUUGGGGACAUCCCUGGUCACUGUCACCCAUGCCACGGCCACCAGCUCUUCCCAUCCCGAUGGAAAACCAGUCCAGGCUCCCAUCCCGGCACUGCCCUUUGGAAAACCAUCCUGAGCAGAGCCCUCCCGUGGGAUUUGCUCCAGGACCUUCCUCCCUUAUCCAGCAGCCAGCCCUUUUUCCAGAGGCCGCUCCUGUGGGAUCCCUGAGCACAGCCCCACCCAAACUUCCCAACUUUUCCAAGAAACGGAGCACGUUCCGACCCAUCCUUUAAUUUUAACCUGCAGCAAAUCCCAGCCAGGACGGAACUUUGCUAACCUGCCUGAGCCAGGAGAAGCUGAAUUCCAGGACCUGGAGUUCCUCCCAAAUUCCCAGCUCACGUGCACCCAAUUAUAGCCCUUGUUGGGCAAUUAAAAUUAUACAAGCGGCUGCCUAUCAAAGCCGGAGCAAUUAAUUAGAAUGAAAUACUUUCAGGGGAAAUAAGCCUUGCCUUAUUCCCAAAUUCUUGGAGGAGCAGGUGUGUGGGAGCUGGGAUGCUGCAGCCUGUCCUGGUGUGUUGGUGCUCAGCCAGGGCCUCGGGGUGGCAGCUCUGGCAACCUUUUUAUUCCCCAAAAAAGCUGAUUUUAGGACCUCCCUGCUCCAGACAGUUUUCAGUGCUCUCCCUCCAGCCUCAACAGGGGACAGGAAGAACCUUCUGCCCCACUGCCCGGGGUUCCCAGCCCCGAUUUUCCCUGGGAACACCCACCUUGAUGGUUUUCAGGGAGCAAACAGCUCCCAAAAUCCCUCUGCCUCCUUCCCUGGCAAGGCAGCAUUCCCAGCCACCCCCACCGUGCUCAUUUAACACCUUCCUCCUCCUCCUCCUCCUCCUUUCCCACCUGUGUGGGAGCACCUGUGGGGCUGCUCCCUCCUUCUCCAGAGCUUUUCCCAAGGCACCCGUUUUUCCCAUCAAUAUUUUGCCCCCCAUUCCCUGUUUUUGUGGUGUAUUUGGGGCCAGCGCUGCUUCCCAUCCCCGCCUUGUCCCUUCCCAGCCCUGCAGCCCCCCGGGCUCCAUCCCCUCCUGGGCUCACCUCCAGCCCCACUUUUCCCAUCCUUGCCGCUUUUCCCUUCCCACGGCACCUGUAGGGAUCCGGGCUGGGGCUCAUCAGCUCCCCGAAUCCCAGCCCAGGGAUGCUCCCAGCACAUCCCACCCCGCUGGACCACCGAGGCCCUGCUCGGGGCUGGGAGGAGAACUGGGUCAGCCGGGUAACCAUGGAGAUGCUGAGGGAGAUGCUGAAGCAGCGCCAGCACAGCCCCGGCUCUCCAGAACCCUGGAAAGAUUCACCCGCCCUGGCACCCUCCGGAUCCGGCCGGGAUGGGGCUGGGAAGCUGAGCGGAGCCUCCUCCUCCUCCUCCUCCCCGCCGCGGGGCCGCUGAUCCCGGGCAGCAGGGCCGGUGCCGGUGCCGGCGGGCGCGCUGACCAUGUUCAACGGGGAUGCCAGCUCCUCGUCUGCCAGGAAUGUGGUGCGCAGCUCCAGCAUCAGCGGUGAGAUGUACAACCUGGAGAAGAGCGCGCGCGGCAGCGCCGACUCCGUCUCCGUCACCGUCACCGCCAGCAAGAAGCGACGCUCCAGCCUGGGCGCCAAGAUGGUGGCGAUUGUGGGGCUGUCCCAGUGGAGCAAGAGCACCCUGCAGCUCAACCAGACCGAGGGGGGCCCCAAAAAGCUGCGCAGCACCAUCCGCAGGAGCACCGAGACCGGCAUCGCCGUGGAGAUGAGGACCAGGGUGACCCGGCAGGGCAGCCGGGAGUCCACGGACGGCAGCACCAACAGCAACAGCUCGGACGGCACGUUCAUCUUCCCCACCACGCGGCUGGGAGCGGAGAGCCAGUUCAGCGAUUUCCUCGACGGGCUGGGGCCGGGGCAGCUGGUGGGGCGGCAGACCCUGGCAACCCCCCCGAUGGGCGAUGUCCACGUUGGCAUGGCUGACCGCAACGGGCAGCUGGAGGUGGACGUGAUCCAGGCCAGGGGACUCAUCCCAAAGAUGGGCUCCAAGUGCAUCCCUGCCACCUACGUGAAGGUUUACCUGCUGGAGAACGGCGUCUGCCUGGCCAAGAAGAAGACCAAGGUGGUGAAGAAGACCUGCGACCCCUCGUACCAGCAGCCCCUGCUCUUCGAGGAGAGUCCCCAGGGCAAAGUCCUGCAGGUGAUCGUCUGGGGCGAUUACGGGCGCAUGGACCACAAGUGCUUCAUGGGGAUGGCCCAGAUCAUCCUGGAGGAGCUGGAUCUCUCCAGCGCCGUCUCGGGCUGGUACAAACUCUUCCCCACCUCCUCCCUGGCCGACUCCAGCAUCGGACCCCUGACCCGCCGCCUCUCCCAGUCCUCCCUGGAGAGCUCCACCAGCCCCUCCUGCCCGUAGAGGCUGGGAUUGGGAAGGAGACAUCCAAGGAGACCUUGCAGAACUGGUCGUGGAGAGCUGUAAAUAUCAAAUAUCCUUUUUGGUUUUUUUUUUCCUUCCAUUUUUUUUUUUUUUUAAAAUUUUCAAUCUCCUUCCCCCACAAAAAAAAAAUCUGCCCUGGACGCCCUCCCUGGGAAGGGAGAGGGAGCGAGGAGCGGGUGUGAGGCAGGGGGGAAGGAGAGGAGAAAAUUCCCUCCGAGGGCUGCGACUGCCAACGAUCCCAGACUGUUCCCAGACCUCGUCCUGGAAGCUCCCGGCUCUCUCCCGACCCGGCUGGGAGCAGUGAGGACGAGGUUCAUUUUUCCUCCCAUCCCCUUUCCCUGCCUCCCAGGAAAAGGCGGCUUUCCAAGGGGAAAACCCCACCGGACUCAGAACAAAUCCAGCUCAGCACUAUUUUUGUUUUCCAAGGAAUGUAGCAUCUUCUCUUAUGUAGCUUUGCCACGUGCUAACAACACACUCACUGCAAUACCCAGGAGAACUCCGGAUGGACCGGGAACAUCUGCCAGUCUCAUCCCCUUUGGUCGCUUUCCCAGCACUUUUGGUGGCCAUUUCCCUGCCUUUUUUUUUGUUGUUUUUCCCCCAAUUUUGUGGUUUUUUUUUGGUUUUUUUUUGGGUUUUCCCAGGAGCAUGUAGCCUGUGACCAUUGCCAAAGCAAGAGGGGACAGGGGAAGGGGCUCUGCCUCCCCUCGGCGUCCGCCGGGCUUCUCCUCGUGUCCCACCUCUGACCACGCGCGUGUCCGGCCAAAACCAGACCCGAAGGACAGAAAAACUUUGGGAAUGCCUCGUGGGAGGUGGGAGAAGCGACCCAACGGAGCGGGAAUACCGGGAUCCUGGUGGACCGGCUGCCUCCCAGCCCCUUCCUUCCCAGCUGGAGGGCCAGGAUGCUCUCCUUGAGGUCUGGAAUGCUCUCCUGGGAGCUGGGACGUCCUCCUUGAGGUCUGGAACGCUCUCCUUGGAGCUCAGAUGUCCUCUUUGAGGUCUGGAAUGCUCUCCUUGGAGCUGGGAUGUCCUCCUUGCAAUUGAGAUGUCCUCUUUGAGGUCUGGAACGCUC